GAAUGCGGGCCAUAGGAACACCGGCACGUUGGCCUCGGCCCCUUUCAUGUUCCCGUGCCGCGAACUUGAAUCCUGGGAAGUUGGUUCAUAUCAGCCUACGACCUGCAGUGCCAUUGCCGAUGUGCAUGCUUGGUGUCGCUUAUAUUUAUAGAGUGAGCAGUGAUAGCUUCACGCUUGUAUCUUGCUGUCAGGUGCUGCCACGCUUACUUGCCCGCUGCAAUUCGGUCGGUUCUAUUAGACCAGUCCAGCAGGAGCUGGAAUCGUGACUAAGUCUCUCGAGUGAAUCAGCGCACAUGAAAAUGAACAGGGCGCCGGUGCGGCAGCAGGCGGGCAGUCUCCGACUACUCGCCGCCUGUGUGCUGUUCGUGUGGAUGCUUCCACAUGUCGCGAACGGGCAACAGGGCAACACUGGCACGCUCACUAUUUCAGGAGAAGGCCCAUCAGAGGCUGGCAUAUACAUGCUGAGGUUGCUCAAAAUCUUUGAGACACGCCUGGGCGUUCCGGCGCGGAUUUUCUACCGCGUCACCACGUCUGUGUCUGCGACCGCCAGCAUCACCACGGACGCAGCGGUGCAGAAUGCCACAACCACCAGUCAACUGCAGUUCGCCAUCACGGAACAGCCACUGAGCUCGGCGCAACGCGCCAGCUUCAGCGGCAAUGCGGCGGUGGUCGGCAGCUCCGUCCACUUCCCGGUGUACGUCAACUCGUAUGGCCUGUUCUACAGCGUGCCCGGCAACCGAGUGACGCCGCUCAACAUCACCGCCUGUCUGGCGGCGCGCAUCCUGACGGGGGACAUCCAGGACUGGACACACCCAGACUUCCUGGAGAAGAACCCGGGCUUCGUCAAGACCGGCACAGACUCGUACAAGAUCACUGUGCUGAUGGACACCACGACUUCUGGCUCCACACUAGCGCUGCUGGGGUGGCUGGCCAAAGCCUGCCCCUCGGUUCUCGUUACCUUGGGCACGAUCCGCACAGACGCGGUGGCUGUCGGGUCCAACAUGAUCACAGCCUUGCAGUCCACCGCUUUCGCAUUUGGCUACGCGAUGGGCAGCGUGGGCCGCGCCGCGUCCGUGAGCGAGUUCGCUGUUGAGACCGCUACGGCAGGACAGUACCUGCAGACUGGAUCAACCAACACCACUAACAUGCAGGCCGCGCUCGCGGCCGCCUUGCCCACCAGCCUGUCCGGUGACUACUCCACCGCCAGCGCCGUCUCGCUGUCCGCCGACCGCGUGGCGCCCAUCCUCACGGUGGGCUACCUGGUCACCAAGAGCGACUGGUCCACAGAGGGCCCGGAGGAGGGGCAGCGCGGCGAGCUGGUGCGGGCGCUGUGCGCCUUCUUCCAGUCAGCCACGGUGGCGGGCGGCAGCACCGGCACCAGCAGUGCGCUGGGCUUGUUCGCAGAUGCCGGGCUGCUGGCGAUGGGCCCGACCCUCACAGCCGCACUCAAUGUGUCCGUGACGUCGGUGUUUGUGCGCCACCCAGCUGCAGUGGCGUUCACGCUGCAAGACGGCAUUGCGCCCAACGUGCUGAGCCCCACGCGGUCCUCAUUCGAGGUGGUCGCAUACCUGGACGUGAUGACCCAGCUUGCGGCACUAAAGAAGCAGCUGGAUGUGGGCGCCUCUCGCACCAUGCGCGGCGUGGGCUCCUCCGCCGUGUCGCUUUUCAUGUGGCGUGUGUUCGGGGAGCUCAAGGGGCGCAGCACCACGCCCCUGCACAUGGUGUACCGCGCCGCGGGCUCGGGCGCGGGCCAGGGCGAGGUGGUGGCUCGGGAUGCCAAGUACCAGGCGCUUGUGGACUUCGGCGCGAGCGACACGCCCAUGCCGGACGCGUCUUUCACCGAGCUCACCAACACCGCUAAGGUCCCCAUCGUGCACAUCCCCAUCCUCCUGGCGCCCAUGAACUUCUUUGUCAACAUCCCCGAGAGCGCGCUGCCCUCGCGCAAGAUCAAAAUGAGCCCGUGCACCAUCGCCAAGAUCAUGCAGGCUGAUAUCACUAGCUGGUCACACGCCGACAUCGCAGCCGACAACGGCGGUGUGGCCCUGCCCGACCAGCCCAUCACCGUGUUCUACCGCCAGCUGAGCAGCGGGACCACCGCUGUCAUCACGGAGUACCUCAACCGCGCUUGCGCGGGCACAUGGCGGUUGGGUUCGGGCGGCCUGCUGUCCAACUGGCCCCCCACCUUCAAGCCCACAGCCAGCUCCGCCAACAUGAGCAACAGUGUGUUCACCACGCCCUGGUCAAUCGGGUACAUGGAUGCCGCGAACGGUCUGGAUCUGAACCUCAUCGAGGUGGCUGUGCGCAACAAGGACGGCAACUACGUCACCUCGCAGACCGGCGACGUGCCCGCUGCUGCCUCAGCUCUCUUCAAGUCAGACGCCUGGCCCAAGUCGCCCCUGCUGUCCUUCGCCUCGGUGUCUUGCCUCGACCAGCCCGGCGCCAACACCUUCCCCAUCGUGGCCAUGCCCUUCAUGUUUGUGCGCACCGACCUGACCAGCCGCGGCGACAGCGGCGCGCUGCUGGUGGCAUACCUGACCUUCAUGCUCGACACCUUCGCCCAGAACAAUGUGGCACCCGCCCUUGGCUUUGCGCCGCUGCCCACCGAGGUCCGGCAAUACACGGUGGAGCGCGCGCUGCCGCUGCUGCAGGUGGACACGCGGUCCAAGCCGUGGGUGUUUGAGAGCGGCUCGACCCUGUCUGCCGGCAAGGGCGGUGGAGACAACGUGUUCAGUUCCUUCGCAAACUCCUACGAGAACGUGAACAGCCAAGCUUUUGCAGACUUUUAUCACGCCUACAACAUUCAACAAAACUUGGCGGGACUCAAGCAGUCUAACGCAAGCAGCAGCAACACGUCGACGGUCGCGACCGGAACCGUGCUGCGGAUUGCUGACGGCGGCGCUAUCCAGUCCCAGAUGGAAGACCUCCAAAAGCAAAUCCAGAUCCUGGAAGCCAUUGCCAUCACGGGUGUGGUGUUUGGUGUGGUGGGGCUGUCCGUAUCCCUGUUCACCACCUGCCGCCUGUUCGUGCACGCCUCCAUCUGGGGCACCAUGUACGGCGGCGGCGGCAACAAGUCCAACGGCUCAUUGGUGCACCCCGCGUCGUUGUCGCUAGGCGGCAGCAGCAACAACAGCGGCGGCGGCCACAUGAGCGGUGUCAGAAGAGCUAAGUCAGUGAGCAAUUUGAGUGAUGGGAGCAUUGACCAUAACAGCAACCCAUAGGGCAAUGCUUCGCAGCCGGGCGGGAGCUGCAUGCCGUGGCAUGCAGGCUGCAGCGGAGAGGUUUCGAUGAUUUUGACUGGAAUGUCGCUGAAAUAAGCGCGACUCUGGGCACGCGCUGCAAUGAUGCUGGAAACGCCGCCAUGGCUGUGAGACAGGCGGCGGGCGCACCCACCGCAAAGCCUGUUCGGUACGAUAAUUCGUAUAUGUGCCUGCCGUGGAUGCCAUGUGUGUGCACAUGUGUCUAGUGCAUGUAUGUGAUGCCAGUGCGGCAAGGUGCUUAACAAUUCAUGUGGGCAGAACCAUGCACUCAAGACGAGUGAACUCAACAUACAGCAAUCCAACCUCUUCUAGAGGACGCUGCAUCUUUUGUACAUGUGCUUUACGACGCUCCCGGGAUGCCUGGGGACGCUCCCGGGAUGCCUGGGGCCUAAGCAUGCGAUCACAUGGACUGGGGGCAGCCUGAGCUUCGGACAUUGAGUUUUUGGUUGAUUACGUGGAAGGCACGUGCCUUGAACUGCUCGAGUUUGGUUGUUUCAAUGCUUUGGUAGCACUUGGAGCGGGGGAUGUGGGAUGUUGCGUUGCAGGCAAUCUCUAUUUGCCUUCUAGGCUUACUCUAGUCUUCUACUUGAACGGUUCGUACGUAUAUUUGCGUGCAACAUGCUAGGCCGGCGACGGGGGGGGCACCGAAAGUAGACUUGUGCCGUCCCACGACAUGUGGGCUUUGAAGUAGUCUUAAAAGUACACUGCGCGUGUCCUCACAGUCCAGUAACUCAGCUGCAGUUCGAUUGCUAUUUACUGUCUGCUUGAAGGCUGUGACGUCAGGAGCUGUCGAUCCUGUCAUGCCUGUGGGUUUGUGCCGGAGUAGUCCUCCGGUUAUUCCCGGUGCUGGGCGUAGGCCAAGCGGAACGCCGUGAUGGUGAGUGCCCUGGAUGCCCCACCGUCAGGGCAACGGGGCAAGACCCACCCCUGAAGCCAUACGCCGCUGUGUCCUUGACACGCCGCUAGUCCGCUGGCGAGCGCCCUGUGUAACGGGUCGGAACU